UAACACCGUUGUCAAGGCACCGAUAGGAAGAAAGGCUGCAACGGGAAGCGACUGCAGUGUCCUGAGACUGAGCUUGAAGAAAGUUAGGUACAUUUAGCAGGUAAAACAGACGCACGCUUCGCGCACUAGGCGUUGUCAUGACGCCUUUUGCUUUAACGAUACGACAGUCCGCGAGCUAACAAUCAGAAACACGGACCGCCGCUCGGGAGGGCAGAAGACAACGUUGUCUCUUGUCACAGAGACAGCGACCGCUUGCUCGGUCAACUAUUCUUGGUUUUCCAGAAAAAUGGACAGUUUGAAUCAAGCACUGCAUGCAAAGUCCAUGUAAACAGAACGACCUUGAGAGACUGAUUCACAUUAAUUAAAGAUGUGACCCCACAGAUAUCCUGUUUAGAGAAGGGUUUGCCAUGCCUAAGAAGAUUUACUCCAGCGGCAGACAUUAGUAUAAUGAUGGUGUGACCAAACAGCAGCCAUGUCCAGCAAGACUUCCUCUAAACGUCGUUAUCAACCAGCAGCAGAGUUUGAUGAUGCCACUAUCGCCCGCAAAAGGGAAUAUUGGAGAAGUAAGAAAAGAGAGCAGAGGGCGAGAAAGUCAUCUACCAAAAAGAAGAUUGGAAAUGAAAAUCUGCGCUUGCGCAUGUCUGUUGUAAGUGUAGCCAGCGAUGAUCCCUCUCAACAUAAUCAUAAUGUUUCAUUGAAACGUGAAGAUGCUGAUGCUCCUAAAAAUUCCUACAGCUCAGGUCUAUCAGUAUCUGAGAGUAAUGUCACUGUGGUGCCAUCCCAAAAGAUGAGAUGGUUUCAAAGGACCAAGCCCAACCAUGCUUUACCUCAGUACCCAGAAACAAGCACAAAUUCCCUAAAGGGUUUAAUGGGCAAUAAAAAAUUAAAGUCCUCAGAUACAGGGUCAUCAACAACAAAUGCUUCGAUGGUUGCAUCUCUCUGCCCUACCAUCCAUUCGGUGCCUACAACGUGCUUUGAAUUGCAUCCAAACAAUAAUCCUCCUCAAAAAUCUAAAUCAGGAAUGUCAUGCCUUAAUGGCAAGCAAUUGACAACAUCUCUGCAAAGCCAUGUGUCCAUGGUUUUACCAGAGCACAGAAACCAAAAUAUGCCUCAGAACUCACUUAGACCCUUGAUCUGUGCAGAAUGUAAGGUUCGUGAAAACCAGAGAUCUGUGACUAAGAGAAGAACAUGUGCCUUUGCUUCAGAGCACAACAUGGGAGGAGCUAUAACUGAAGAAGAGAUGGUUGCUAAGCGUAGAGAGAACUGGCGUAUCAAAAAGCGAGAACAGAGAGCAAAGCGUGCUGCAAAGCUGUCCAGGGACCGAGAAGGGAGUCUCAGUCAAGGACAACAUUUAUCUGGUGGUAUCAUGCAUACUUCGUCUCAUACUAAUAGUAAAGCCUUGAGAGGAAAGAGCCUCAUCUCGAAUCUUGUAUCACUCAAUCAACAGUCACUGGGUGCAAAAUGUAAUGGUUCUCGGACAACACAACUACAUGUUCAAAGUACUAAACCAAACCAUGCAUCCUUAACCCCUGCUAUUUUGCGGUCAUCCUCAAGUAAAUUCAAAUCAAAAGUACAAAAAUUUGCACACACUAAAAAGAGAUGUCAAAAACAAUUGAGGAAAUCCUUCCUCUCUGCUUUCAAAGUCGAGUCUCCAGAGGACCGCCAUGCCAGGCAGAAAGAGUACUGGAAAAUUAAGAAGCGUGAGCAGAGAGCAAGACUGUCUAUGGCAACAAAAGCACGCCUGAAGGAAAGAGAUGCACUAAAGCAUCAUGGGAGACACUCCCACCACAAUUUAAAUCAAGCAUGUGGAGUUCAAGCGAGCAAAGCAAGUGCAAUUGCAGUUCCCUCAGAUACCACUGGUGGUUUUAUCAAAGAAGAUGGCACGGUGACAGUCUCCAUUUCAAAGACAUCUCCUGAGGCUUCCCUACCCGCAAGUCAAGACAUUUCCAAUGUGAAAUGCAUUGGAAAGGUAAAACUCCAGGUUCAAGGAAAUUCUCACCAGAAUCAGCCAGCCACAAAGCUAUAUUCCGCUUCAUGCAACAGUUCCAGUAACUGUACUAAUGCUCACCAAAACUCUCAAGUAAAAUCUAGGUUAAGCAGAGGAGCAGUUAUGGGCAGUAUGACAGUCACCAUCCAUUCUGAAACCCCAACAGAAGAAGAAAGGGUCGCCCGUUUGAGGGAGUACUGGAGAAUAAAGAAACGAGAGCAAAGGGCUAGUCGAGCUGCGCGACUUGGAAAUGGUCUGCUUAGGUCGAAGGUUUUAGUGUUAAAGCAGAGAGAGCAAAACAAGAAGUCAAACCAAAGGCAGAGUAUUACUUCAUCUGUGACCAGAACAACUAUGACCAGUGCCCCAACGCCUAUAAAAGAAGAGCCCAUCUAUCCCACUAUACAAGCUGUGUUUUCCCUUCCAGAAAUGAAUUCCUUCCUCAGUGUUAAAGAUAGCAAACCUUCACCCUGUGCUUCUUUAGAAUCAGACAUUGAGCCUCCAACAGCUGUGGACCACAACUCCACAACUCUUCAGGCUGUUGCCUCCAUGAAAAAGCUCCUGGAGGAAACACUUUGCACACCAGAAGAAAAUAAUGCCAACGAAAUGCAUUUCAAGUGUGAAAAUGAGCCUCUUCCGUUGACUAAAGAUGACCUUUUAACAUCUGAAGAUGCAAAGCCAAGUCUUACCAUACAACAAAAUGUCUUAUUACAGUGUGACCUCUCAAAAGACACAAGCCUUAAAGAUAUCAAAUUGAGUCCUGAUGCAUCAACUUUUGAAAACACCAGUAAUUAUAAGACUCAUGACGUCUGUCAAGAGGCUACAGAUGGAAGUCAUGACACAACUCAAGUGGCACUGCAACCUCAGAAGUUAAGUGACGAUGGAGCAUAUCCCAAGCAGACCUGUCCUUCCAAAGCCUUGCAAGAGCAGAAGUUUGGUGAAAGCGAUGAGCUUCAACGAAAGAGAGAGUAUUGGCGGUUGAAGAAGAGACAACAGAGGGCUAAAAAAGCCAACAAAGAUGCAACUAAACAUGCAUUUCAACGUAAUCUUCCACCGAUCCCACAGAAGCAAACACGAAGCGUAACUCUCAUGCAAGCCAUAUCCCAGGGCGCUUCCACACGCAUUCCCAUUCAGAAACAAACAAGCAGGUGCACCAAGCACUCAGUUCCACAGCCUACAGAUAAAUCAAAAUCUGAAAGAAGUCAAAUAGUGGCAAUGCCAAUUCCACAAGAAGAUCCAGAGGAGGUCAUAUGUAGAAGACGUAUGCAGUGGAGGAUCAAGAAACAGGAACAGAGAGCUAGAAAGGCAGCACGUGAAAUAAAACUAUGCCAGAUGAUGGUACCUUCACAAGACCGAGAUUCACAGGUAAUAAUUCAGAACUCCACCAGUCUCUGCUCAGAAGUAGAUCAGAGUGUAAAAUUAGAAGACCAAAUUGGCUGCUUUGAUGAAACAUGUCAACCUGCACUCAAAGAGGAAUCAUGCUUUGCACCAAAUGAGGCAACGGAGGGACCUUUAUCACCGGCACAGUGGAGAAAUGUCUACCUCAUGGACUUUGAUCCUGUCAACCCGUUGUUGGUGUGUAUGGUUUGUGGAGAGCAGCAGUACUCUGUGAGUGUGGAAGGGGUGAAGGCUCACAUUGAGGAGGUGCAUCCUGAUACACUAUCAUUGGGAGACCUUGAACGUCAAGGCAUUCUUGAUACCUGGGAUAAACAGGUGGCCGCCCGAGAGCACUUUAUCACCCACCAGCUUCAACAGCGAUGCGGCGGUAACGGGGACAUCUGCAUUUCAGGCUUUGAAAAUACUAAUUUGCUACAAAAAUGUGAAUGAACAGAAUUUUACCUGCACAGUCAAAAUUGAAGCUGAGGUCAAAGCCGAAGACUUUGAGUAAACUAAUGGGUGACAGACCAGACCGGACUUGUCCCGAUGGCCAUCUAGUGGACGUGGUCUCCACUGAAAAUCGAACUUUCUUUUUUUUAAUUCUUAAUGAUUCGGUUUUCUUACAUUUUUCUUUGUAAGUUCCAUCAGUCAUGUAAAUCAGAGUACUGAGCCUCAUUAACUCUACUUUUAAAUUCUGGUAAUACUCCAAACAGUGCAUUUGCAGAUCCUGUAAAUCAGUUUACAAUAUAAGAUCCAUUUGUAAAAACUUUCACACAUUCUCUCACUCUCUCUCUCACAAACAGCAUGGUAAUCUAAAGAACUGCAUUUUGAGCUUGUAUUUUCAAUAUUUAUUUCUGUACAGUUUAUGCAUUUUUGAAAACAUUUUACAAUAAAUGUUCUUUUUGUAAUUGUU